CGUCGUGCAAAUCAGUUGCAAUUGCAAUACGAAAGAGUUAAUAAAAUCAUCAGAUUCAGUUGCACGUUCACAAAGCAUACGCUAAGAUGGCUCGUUUAUUGAAUAUUAUAAUUUUGGGUGCGUUUAUAAUAUUUGUCAACGGUGAAUGGCGUCGAACACCAGAAUGUCUAUUCAAAGAGUGGAAGAAGAAAUUGGAGCCGCUGUUACAGGAAUACUACAAACCAAAAAGCAUUACAGACAUCAGAUUCAAUGCUAUAUUUGAAUUCCGUUUUCCCGACGAUAAUGAAUUUGCAGUUUGGCUCAAGUUUAAGAUAGACGGUGUGCCGCAAUUUGCCGUAAUCCAAGGAUUCGUAUAUAAUACAGGAGAAUUGCGAAUUUACACUGUCGACCUUUAUCCUUAUUAUUUCGGUUCGAGUGGCCGAUGGCAGCGAAUACAGAACGAUAAAUUCAAAUCAUUGAAGACAGAAUUUAAACCAUUGCUAAGUGAAUACUAUGCACCCGAAAACACUGACAUCGUAGAAAUUUACUUUGCAUGGGAUUUGGUUGAUUCUGACAACGGUCAAACUGAAAUAUGGACCAAGAUUAAAGUGGGUGGUGUAUUUUAUUUGGCCGAAAUGAAAGCAUUCAGAGAUGAAACGGGAAAAAUAACCGUUAUAUUUGUGAACAGAUACCCUUUUAAGAGAUACCGUUGCCCAAAGAAAUCAUGUUGAGAAAAUAUUAAAUACUUUUGAAUGUAGGCAACAAUUGCUUGGAUAAUCACUUUUUAUUUUAUUUUAAUAGCAACUGUUAGCAAUAAAUGCUCAGAAAUAUUUCGGAAUAAAAAACAUUUUUUU